AUGAGACCUCUGUGUACGGAAACUCUAGAGCUGAUACGUCAGCAUGGAGCUGCACGAACCGUAGGCAACCAACCACUCAUGUCCGAGCUCGCAAAGCUUUGCAGAAAGUCGAUAAAGAAAGACCUCAAAGAGAGAAGAGCAGAAGUGUUGGCUAAAGCUACAGAGGUCGGAAAAAAAACUUUGGCUACGCCUGUGGAGAAUUCACCAAUUGAAAGACGAGGAUGA